CACUUUUCAGACAGCCCAACCAGCUCCCACCACCAGCAAUCAAGAUGAAAUCCUUCGUGUGCAUCGCUCUGGUCGCCUUCGCCGCCGCCGCUCUGGCUUCGCCCACCAACGUGGCCUCGGCCAACGGUCAGACCGGCUCCACGGUAUCCCUGACUUCCCAGGACGGCGAGCUGGAGGGAGUCGCCGGUCAGGGAUUCGGUGACCUGACUCGCCUUCGCAAGUCCGCCUACGGCGGCAGCUCCGGUGGCUAUGGAGGCUCCAGCAUCCCAGCCCCUCCCUGCCCCAAGAACUACCUGUUUAGCUGCCAGCCCAACCUCGCCCCGGUGCCGUGCAGUGCUCCAGCCCCCAGCUACGGAUCCGCCGGCGCCUACUCUGCUCCAGUGGCCAGCUACGUCGCCCCCAACUACGGAGUGCCCCAGCACCAGCAGCAGCUCUUCAGCGCCUCUUACGUGCCACAAGCCUACGGAUACCAGUACUAAGAGCCACUGCUUAUACUCGCGCUCCCAGACCACGGACUACGAAACCAAAUGCUGAGAAUCAUAAACUUUGAUGGAUUCAAAAAAUAACCCAAAAAUACGUUUAGCAAUAAAUCACAAAAACGCUA